AAAAACAAGAAAACCAAUAAAAAAAGGAGUUCCUUAAAAUAAACGACCUCCAUAGUUUCCCCAUCCGGCAUCUCUUCAGCUUCCUCUUUCUCCGUCUUCCCUCGAACCCCAUCAAUUUCCUAUUUUCUAUACCCUAAAUCGUAAAUUCAUCAGAAAUCCCCAAAUUCCCAAUUCAAUUCUAACUCUAAUGAUUCACUUUUUCCAUUCACCUCUUAAUAAACCCUAAUUUCUUCCUUCUCAAAUCUUCCAAUUAAGGAAGGGAGGAUAAUUCAAGAACUCCAUCAAUGGCGACAAUUUCUCCAUCGCCUCCUCCUCCUUCCUUUGACGAUUUCACAUGGUACGGAAACAUCCAGUACCUUCUCAAUAUCUCCGCCAUUGGAGCUCUUUCUUGCCUCGGUAUCUUCCUUCUCGUCAAGCUUCGCAGCGAUCAUCGCCGCAUCCCCGGACCUUUCUCUCUCUUCUCGAAGCUUCUAGCAGUUUGGCAUGCUACUGCUAAAGAGAUCGCCCUACAUUGUGGUGCUGAUGCUGCGCAAUUCCUCGUCAUUGAAGGUGGUACUUUCGCUACCCUUUCUGCAACUUCUUUAAUUGCACUUUGUGCUGUUUUGCUCAAUAUAUAUGGUGGUAGUGCUGUAAUGGAUGAUGUUUUUACUAAAACUACAAUUACUCACAUCACAAAAGGUUCAUUUUUUUUAUGGGUUCAUUUUGUUUUCAUGGUUGGUAUUGUUUAUUUGGUGCAUAAAGGUGUUUUUAAGAUUGAAGAAUGGUUGAAAUUUACUAGAUUUAGAGAUGGAUUUGGAAAUCCUAGUGACCCUAGUGCAAUUUCUAGUGCAAUUUAUACUAUUAUGGUUCAAGGUGUGCCCAAGAGUUUAGCUAAUGAUAAGACUCCUUUUGAAGAGUAUUUUCAGUACAAGUAUCCUGGCAAAGUCUUUAAGGUGAUUGUUCCUAUGGAUUUGUCUAAGUUAGAUGAUUUGGUGGAGGAUUUGGUCAAGGUUAGGGAUGAGAUUUCGAAGUUGGUAGCGAAAAUGGAUGCAAGUUUUGUGUAUGAUGAUGGUGAAGAUGGGGGAUAUUUAGGAGAUUACUCUGAGGGUGGGAAUGGUGUUUGGGGGAAGGUGAGGCAGUUGUGGGGCCAGGUUUGUGAUAGAUUUAAUCUCACUGAUGAGAAAAGGCUGAGGAGAUUGCAGGAGUUGAGAGCUGAUCUUGAGAUGCAAGUGGCUGAAUAUAAGGAGGGACGAGGGCAAGGAGCUGGCGUUGCUUUCGUGAUUUUUAAGGAUGUGUAUACAGCGAAUAAGGCUGUUCAGGAUUUAAGGGUGGAGAAACGAAUGAGGAUUGGGAGGUUUUUCUCUCUAACCGAGUUGCAAUUGGAAAGGAAUCAAUGGAGAGUGGAACGAGCACCAUUGGCAACUGACAUUUAUUGGAACCAUUUAGGUUCGACAAAGCUAUCAUUGAAGUUGCGGAGAGUUUUUGUUAACACCCUUUUACUAUUGAUGCUGUUGUUCUUCAGCUCCCCUUUAGCAGUAAUAACUGCUUUACAUAGUGCAGGAAGGAUUAUUAAUGCACAAGCCAUGGAUAGUGCUCAAUCAUGGUUUUCAUGGUUGCAAAGCUCGAGUUGGAUUGCAGCAAUAGUUUUUCAGUUCUUGCCCAAUGUACUUGUGUUUGUGAGUAUGUAUAUACUCAUCCCUGCCGCUCUGUCUUACCUCUCUAAAUUUGAAAAACACCUUACUGUUUCCGGGGAACAAAGGGCAGCUCUAAUAAAAAUGGUUUGCUUCUUUUUGGUAAACCUUAUAGUCUUAAGGGGUUUGGUUGAAUCCUCUCUUGAGAGCACUAUCUUGAGUAUGGGGCGCUGUUAUUUGGAUGGCGAAGAUUGCAAGAGGAUAGAGCAGUAUAUGAGCGCCUCCUUUUUGGCAAAAUCAUGCGUGUCUUCUCUUGCGUUUCUGAUUACUUGCACUUUCUUGGGCAUAUCAUUUGAUUUACUUGCCCCAAUACCAUGGAUAAAGAGGAAUUUGCAGAAAUUCCGUAAGAAUGAUAUGCUUCAAUUAGUGCCUGAACAGACCGAAGACUUUCCACUCGAGAGUGAAGGAUUUGAUACCCUUCGUAGACCUUUGAUAUCUGAAGAAGCUUUCGAGCCUGCCAUUAGAAAUGGUGGAAGGUUGAAUGUAAUCGACUUACAAGGACACGAUCUAUCUGAGUAUCCAGUUAGCAGAGCUUCACCAGUCCCCAAGCAAAAGUUCGACUUUGCACUAUAUUAUGCAUUUAACCUCACAAUAUUUGCCCUUACAAUGAUCUAUUCCUCAUUUGCACCCCUUGUGGUUCCCGUUGGUGCUGUAUACUUUGGAUACAGAUACAUGGUUGACAAGUACAACUUCUUAUUUGUGUACCGAGUUCGGGGAUUUCCCGCAGGCAACGAUGGAAAAUUAAUGGAUAUCGUUUUGUCAAUUAUGCGUUUCUGUGUGGACCUUUAUCUGAUCUCGAUGCUUAUCUUUUUUUCGAUCCAUGGAGAUUUGUUGAAAUUACAAGCUAUAUUCACUUUAGGUGUAUUAGUGAUCUAUAAAUUGUUGCCUUCAGGUAGUGAUGGUUUUCAACCAGCUAUCUUGCAAGGUGUGCAGACUGUUGAUCGUGUCUUCGAAGGGCCAAUCGAUUAUGAGGUCUUCUCACAGCCUCGGUUCGAUUGGGACACGAUUUAUAGUUAAUCUUUGGCUUGCAGAUUAUUCUCCUCUGUUCAUAAUGUAUAAUUCUCUCAUGAGUUUGCAAGUGGAGUAAAGAUCACAAUUUUUUCUCUUGUA